GACAUAUGAGAUUGACAUAUGAGAUUGACAUAUGAGUUUUGACGUUUAGUAAGCUAUUGAAAUUUGGUUAGAGCAUUUUGCAGGCCUUUUGAAGAGUAAUUUGUUGAAAUAAAUAGAUAAAAUGGCUUUCAGAGCGACUGCUAUGAUGGCUUUCAGGGCUACCCCCGUUGUUCGUAGCAGUUUAAACAAAUGGGCAUACAAUCUAGCUGGAUUUAACAAAUACGGUCUACUGCGUGAUGACUGCUUACAUGAGACCCCAGAUGUCCAGGAAGCCCUGCGUCGCCUCCCACAGCAUAUCGUUGAUGAGCGCAACUUCCGCAUUGUACGUGCCCUCCAGCUCUCCUUGCAAAAGACCGUCCUCCCAAAAGAAGAGUGGACCAAGUUCGAAGAAGACAAAUUAUACCUCACACCCAUUGUUGAUCAGGUGAAGAAGGAGAGGCUCGAAAAAGAAAACUGGGAGAAGGAAUACUAGACACAAAUGUUUGCCUAUUAUUUAUGUUAAUUUAAUAAAUUUAGCUGUCAUCCACCAUAUACUUGUUUUAUUGUAAAGUAAAACAAAUUCCAAUGCUGUAUAAAACAAAUAGUAAUGCUUGACGUGAAUGGAAUGAAAUAAACUUUGAUGUUUCAUUUUUUGUUUUUAUUAAUUGUGCUAACAGAACUAUAUUUUAUUAUUUUAAGUUUUACAUAUAAAUUAACAAUUAAUUAGGCAGGAAUUUAAAGUAUAAAUGUUAACAUUAAAGUUUGAAGGUGUGUAAUAAAAGCAUUCAAUAGUGC